UCGCUCUGUGUGAAAGAAAAAAGCAGACGACGUCAUCACUUCGUUUCCGUUCUCAAAGAGUUUAAGUUGACUUCAAACAUUUCUUGUAACUUUUUAUUUAUUUCCUACCAUUUUCUGAAAUGGAAAAUACACAAGAAGUCAAGGAAAAUGAAAGCAAUUUCAACAGGUCGAGUGAUGUGCCGAAUACAACGGCAGGUGAUACAACCAAGGUUGAAAAUACUGAAGUUGUCACAACUGACAAACCAAAACAGUCAACACCAAUGGAAAAAUCAAAUGUAAAGAAAAAAGACCAAGAACAAGAAAAGGGUAGAAGUAAGGAUCAGCAAUCUGUAAGAGAACGUUCUAGAAGAGGAGAAAGAUCAAGAGGUGGCAGAUCUGCCUUCAAAGGAAGUGUCUACAGACCAAGAAGCCGUCCAGAAUGCCGUGUUCACAUUUCAAAUAUCCCUUAUGAGUACCGUUGGCAGGACCUCAAGGAUCUUUUUCGAAGUGAAGUUGGUGAAGUUUCAUUCGUGGAGCUGUUCGAGGAUGAGUAUGGUAAACCGCGAGGAUCUGGGAUUGUCGAAUUCGAAAAACUUGAACACGCUCGUAUUGCACUGGAAAAAAUGAACCGAUUUGAGCUUAAAGGGCGCCGUCUAAUCGUCAAAGAAGAUGUUGAUGUCGAACGAGGUGCAGAUGCUUCUGCAAGCAGUCGCCAAGAAAGUCGAAACCACUUAUCUUCGUCAUACUCGUCGGGUCGUGAGUAUGGUGGUGAUGUUAGCUACAGUUCGGGAAGGAAAAAUGGUCCUGGAGGAGGAGGAGGCAGUAUUGGAACGUUAACAUCUCCUUCUUCGACUCGCUGGAGUAACACUUACGGUUUGAGCCCUCAGUUUCUCGAUUCUUUAGGAAUUCCGGGUCCACUCAUCGAUCGCAUUUUUGUUGCAAAUUUGGAUUACAAGGUGGACGAUGCUAAGCUUCGGGAAGUGUUUCGUUUGGCCGGAAAAGUUGUCGUCGCUGAGGUGGUGAAAGAUCGAGAUGGCAGGUCUCGUGGAUUUGGUGUUUUGCAAAUGAGCCAUCCUGUUGAGGCAGUGCAGGCAAUAUCUAUGUUCAACAACCAAAUGCUCUACGACAGACGGAUGACUGUACGGAUGGAUCGUGAUGCUGAACGUCUCGAAUCACAAUCUUCAAGGUCUCACUUACCCGAAGGGCUUCGAUCAAUCGGAAUGGGACUAGGAAGCAGAGGAGAUCCUCUACGUGAUCUUCCACGUGGCGGAUUCGUAGCUCCACAAGGACGUCCUUCAGAUUCUUACAGCAGUGGUUCUGCAAUGAAUUUCAGCAGCCAUCAUUACGAUAGAUCAGAGGCAUCUGUAGGGGAUUUCAUUCCUGCACACGAAACUGGUUUUGGUCAGUUAGGUGGAACAGCAGCUAUGGGAGGUCAAAUGGAACGAUCAGUCGCCGGAUUGCCUAGCAUGGGGUCCAAUCAAUCUAUGCAUAAUUUAUCCAUGGGCGACUAUCGGAUGAGUAACUUGGGAUCCGGUUACAACAUUGGAAUCGAAAGUGGAAGUUCUAUGUCUCUAAACGGAAUUGCUGAUCGUUCCAAUCCAGCUCCGUAUGGAUAUCAAACAGAAAAUUUUUCGGCAAAAGGUUCACUUUCAGCUUCCGUCCAUGAUUACGAACGUAGAGAGGCAUAUGGUAGUUAUAGAACUAACCAAAUGACACGUGGCAAACAAGAUUAUCCUACUUCUACUGAAUAUGACGCCGUAUCUCGAAUGUCUGCUAGGGGUCCAUCUCCCCCAACAUCAUCAUCGCUUGCCCCUACUAGUGGUUCAUCAAAACUCUCGGACACCAUUCUCGUAACAAAUUUGCCACCGAAUUGCAGUUGGCAAGAUUUGCGUGAUACUUUUUGCGAGGUUGGGGACGUACUUUUUGCCGACAUCCGUGCUAAAGGAACUGGGUUGGUGAGAUUUAGUUCCGAGCGAGAUGCUCAACGCGCCUGCUCCAUGUUAAAUCGGACGCGAAUGGAAGGAUAUACCAUUGAGGUUAAUUUUUAUUGAAAUUCCGAGGAGAGGAAUGAGAGUCCAACUCUUCAUCAGUUUUUUAAUUCAUUGCCAUUGGCAAAAACAUAACUCCCCUUUCCCUAGCAAUUGAUUUGGAUCACAAUAAAUUAACUUCGGAUUCA